AUGGAGCCUUCAGAAACAAAUAGCAUUUUUCAAGAUCAGUCAGAGACGUUUAAUACAAAAGAUUAUCAAUAUGCAAGUCAAAAAGCGUCGUCCAUAUGUUGUGAAUCUAAAAUAUACUAUCCAGAAGGGAAAGAUAGCCAGGCAUAUGUUUGGAACAUCAGCCAGUUGUGGAUUAGCAGCAAACAACAAGGAGAUAGCCAACCGAAGAGCAAAAUGUAUGAGGAUAUUGGAGUGGACUCCGAAAUUUGUCCUAACAUCAGAGGAAAAAAUGGAAUGCGAUUAUCCUUUGGGCAAUUGUGCCGAGUCGGCACCAUUGGAAUUGCUAAGCGGAAGAACAAAGGAAUCCAAUGUAAUUAUGUAUACGUGAAGUAUGAACACAAAAAUGGAGGUGAUGGACCCGUGUGCACAAUGUUAGAAAGUAGCGGACGAAAUGAAUCGGAAGGGCUGGGCCUUGGUGUGUCCAUGGUAGUUUAUACAUUCGUUGAUGAAUCCGUCCGUCGCAACAUCGCAUCCUCUAUUCAUAUUAGGCUCAUCGAUAGCAAAGAUCUAGAAAAGCAUGAUGACUUCUAUGAACCUAUUGCAGAAUUUGGUUUUGAGCACAUUAUUGUAAUCGGAGAGACAUAUAAUGGGUUGCUCUUUCUAGAUUGUUAUGAACGAGUUUUUAAAUGGCAACAAAUGCAACAAACAUUAUGGCCAUUAGGGGAUUCAUUAGAGGAGGUGGAGUCAAGAUUGAAAUCUAAUAAGCAAAUUGAUCGAGUAGUAUGGACUGCCGAAUAUGAUGGUGUCAAAUAUCAAGCACUUCCUGGUAUGUUCAAAUGCAUUAUUAUAAUGGGAGUGAAGAGGUGCUAUUUUUUUAUUAACUUCUUUUCAGAUUAUGAUGUAGAGGCGGCUGAGCGAGCUCAACGAGCUGAACGAGCAAGAAAAACAAAAACUAAAGGUGUGAAAAACAAGUACUUAAAGAACAAAAAGAAGUAA